AUUUACAAAAAGGGCAAAGAAAAAAAUAAAUCGAGGCCACAAAGAUUGUAGUUUCUGAUAUUUUUUUAUCUAAUUCAACAAAAUAAACUCGAUUUCAGAAUAUUCAGUAUUUUUAAACCGUACAUUUCAAUCGAUAAUUCAAUUUUGUUUGAUCAAUUUUUUUGUGGAUAUUGUGAAUAACGCAGUUUCCAGAUCAUUAAAAAAAUCGACGUGUAGUAAGAGAUAAAAAUAAAAUCACCACCUUGGUUGUGUACUUUGAGUACCGAGAACAGCGUAAUAAAUAUUACGAUAAAUCGUCGAAUAAUACAUUGUUUUAAGUGGAAAUAUAUCAAUAAUAUAGCCGAAACAAUCGAAAGUCAAUACUCCAAUAUGCACAUACGAAACAUGGAUAAAUUGCAAGCCUGGCUAGCGCUGAUUCUAGAGCCAUUAUGUGACGCAGAUCCGUCUGCAUUAGCGCGAUACGUACUGGCGCUACUAAAAAAGGACAAAGCUGUCAACGAAUUAUCCCAAUGCAUGAACGAACAGUUGGAUGUGUUUCUUGGCCAUGAAACCCGACCAUUUCUCGAACGUUUAUUCAGUGCAAUCGAAACAGAAGAAUACCUGAAAGCCGGUAACACAUUAACAACAGUUUCACAGCCUACGGUACCGGUGGUCGCGCCUCCGAUUACACUAGAAAACAAAGAGUGCACACCUCCGUUAACUGAAAUCAGUCUAAAAGAAAUGGUCGAACCGAUAGUCGAGAAUGCAUCACCAAUAUUAUCACCAGUAGUAUCGCCAAUGAGUAAAAGUCAGGAAUCCAGUCCCGGUAAAAUUGUAACAGAUGUAAGGGAGAGUCGCCAUCGACGUACUUCAUUGCGAUCGAGGUCUCGGUCGCGAUCGUUUGAGAAACAGGUUCGGUCUCGGUCGCGAGAUCGACGAAUUGCAGAACGGGAAAAAACUGGUCGUCAAUUUCGUAACAAAUCGCCACCGAACGAACGGCGACGUUAUGACAGGCGUGGGGAUAAGUCGGCAAAGUCUUUCGGUAGAAGCGCACAAUCGCCAUCGAAAAGUAGGUCACGAUCACCUGGCCACCGGAAAUUAUCUCGUUCGAUUUCUCCUUCGUCUGAUUUACCGAAAGCGAAACGGCAAAGAUGUAGAGACUUCGAUGAAAAAGGCUACUGCAUGCGUGGAGAAACGUGUCCUUGGGAUCAUGGCACCGACCCAGUUGUGUUGGAAGAUAUCAACAAUCCUACAUUGAUGUCCAUUCAAUCAAGACCACAUGUUCGCGGUGGCGGCGAAUACAGCCCUGAUGCUCCCGAAAUAUGGAAUCGAAAUGAAUUUGGUCCGAGGGGAUCGUCUCGUGAUGGUCCGCCUGGAAUAUUUCCAAGAAAUCCGUUAGGUUUCCGAAGCGUACCGCCAUUCGUUUUUCCAUUAAACACAUCAGCUACAACUCCACUUCAACGCGAAUUGAUUUCAGUACCUGUGUUAGACGCCGGAUCCGGUGGAGACGCUUCCACACAAGCAAAACGACGAUACGAGCUUGAAGAUACAGUCGCUGUUGCUGAGGGGCCACCGAAACGAAAACUACCAAUCAACAGUCGCCUGGGACCUCGCGUUGGAAUCCAACAAAAUUGUUCUCUUGAGUUGCGAAAAGUGCCCAGAGGCCUGAACUCAAUUGCCCAUUUAAAUAAUCACUUUAGCAAGUUCGGCAAAAUUGUGAAUAUUCAAAUAACCUACGACGGUGAUCCAGAAGCGGCAAUUGUCACGUUUUCCACUCAUGCCGAAGCAAAUGUUGCCUAUCGUAGUACAGAGGCUGUGUUGAACAAUCGCUUUAUUAAAGUAUUCUGGCAUGCUCCGGGUGGAAGUCAUGAGCAUGCAGCAGCAAAGGAUGAAAACGCGGCCCCGUUCCGCAAGACAAAUCAGUACAGUUUAAAUAACGUGCCAGCGGUACCGAUUCCAGCCACUACUGAUGCCACAACUACAAUUGCUGUAACGCCAGUUUCGGUUGCAACAACAGUAUCGACUACGAACACAACAGCAGCAGCAGCAAGAGCGAGAAAUAUUCGCGUUAACCGAGCCGCGACCGAAAUCAUACGAAAGAAACAGGAGGAUCAAGUUAAAGCUGCUGUGCAAUUAGCUCAUGGAUUGCAUAUCAAAAAGCAUGAUUUGCUGCAGGAAUAUCUGAAGAAGAUGCGCGAACUGGUUGAUAUGAUCGAGAAACUUGAUAACAAUGAUGCGAGUCGUACGAAAAUCCUAGCUACAAUAAAGGACCUGCAAGCCAAAAUCGACACACUGAACAAGGAGAUCGCUGUGGAACAGGCUCAAAUGUCAGCCCAGAUGCAACCUCAGCCGACAGUGAGAAAGUCGAAAGAACAACAGAAAAAGGAGUUAUUGGACAUUGAACUGGAACUGAUUGCCCAGCAACAGGAGGGCAAUGACACCACAGCCAUUCAGAAGCGGAUCGAAGAGUUACAAAAAAGCUUGGGCACGGCAACAACCAAGUCACAUUUUGUUGGUCGAAAUGCUCGAGUGCGACCAGCACCACCCGGAUCAACUAGUGUCGAUCGGCGGCCGACAUCGUUGCAAAUUGUUGGAUUCGCCGUUGAAGACAGCGAUACGGUGCUAGGUCAUUUUAAGCAUUUUGGUGAAAUUACCAAAAAUCAGUUAGACAAAAGUGUGCCAUUACUAGUUAUAUCUUAUGCUACUAGAUUGAAUGCAGAGCAGGCAAUUUUACGUGGCAGAACGUUCAAAGACAAGCAAUUACAGAUAUCCUGGGCGAUCCCGAACACCAUGCCACCGAAAAAAAUCGACGAUACAAACGGAGACAACACCGACAUGUUGUCGCCGGAAGACGGUCCACAAUCCCGCAUCGAAGACGAGGAAGAAGAAGAAGAAUCCGAAGAUCGAUCCUGGCGUCGUUGAUACAUAAUCAUAUUAUAAGAAAAUGAUUUUUGAAGAAAAAAGAAAAAAAUGAAAAUUUUUUUACAUUAAAUGUGAUUAUGAUAUGAUAUAUUUGUACUGAAAAAUGACAAACAAACAAAACGAGAAGAAAACAAAAUAGUGGAGAAGUCAGCAUGCUAACGCUAAAAAUGAGAAAUAAAAAUGAAAAGAAAAUUUUCUUUUUUCUAGAAAUAUAAUAACAAAAAAAGAUGUUUUGUGUUAACUUUGUUUUUAAUUUCAUGUUCUUAUUUUCUUAAUACAUUUACUCCGGUCUUAAAUUUAUUUCAUAGAAUUAUAUUAUAGUUAAUAAUGUAACAACAAACAGACACAAACAAUGGUUUUGUAGCAUUAAGUUUAUUGGUAAAAAUCAGUAUAUGUUCAUUAACUGUAGAGAAAAAAAAAGGAAAUCGAAAACAUUCAGUAUGAAAGAUAUAAAUUAAAAAACCGAAGAAAAAAAGAAAACAAAUCAAUUCGUCAAGGCGAUAAAAAAAAUUUAGUAAAAACAAAGAAAUUGAAGUCACGAAAAAAAGAAAAGAAAUUCAAGAAAAAAAAAGAGAAACAAAAAACAGUGACUCCGGUUAAAAAAUAACGAAAUAUAUUUGAACACAACACUUUAAUAUAAUUUA